UAUUGCCAACAUUACCAUUAGUGUACCAAGCAACUAGCGUUUUGCGUUUACUAUUUGAAGUGAACAUUUGGUUCUAAAAUAUUGUAAGUGCCCUGUCAGACGUGUCUGGAAAUAUGUCAACUAAAACUGAACCGCUGAAAAAUAAUACUGAAGGUGGAGACGAUUUGUCAAGUAGAGACAUACUAAAAGUGGAAAAAGAUAUGGCUCCUUUACCAGUUCCAGACGGAGAACAUAAAUUGGAAUAUGAAUACUGGCUAUGGUAUAGUCAUAGGACACCAGGAAAACAAGCAUCAGUACAAAAUUAUGAUCAGAACUUGAAACUUAUUGCAAGGUUUGCUACAGUUGAACAAUUUUGGGCAUUGUAUUCACAUUUAAUAAGGCCCUCAGAACUAUCUAGUCAGAGUGAUUUUCACUUGUUCAAAAUGGGCAUAAAACCGAUGUGGGAGGAUGAAGCAAAUCGAAAUGGUGGAAAGUGGGUUGUCAGGCUGAGGAAAGGAAUUGUUUCACGUUGUUGGGAGAACUUAGUACUUGCCAUGUUGGGAGAGCAGUUUAUGGUUGGAGAAGAAAUAUGUGGUGCUGUGGUUUCCAUUAGGUUUCAGGAAGAUAUUAUAUCCAUUUGGAAUAAAACAGCUUCGGAUGCAGUUACAACAGGUCGGAUAAGAGAUACUUUAAAAAGGGUGUUGAAUCUUCCUCCAACCACAAUAUUAGAGUACAAAACUCACAAUGACAGUCUGAAGGCAUGGAAAUCAGUUCCUCUGCUGAAAUCGUGAAGUACCUGAGCCAUGAAAAAUAUGGAAUGCGAUGUCAGUGGAGCUGCAUUUGUUUGGAUGAAUUAUAUAACAUAUGGUUUAUAUGAUUUGAAUUGUUGUUUGUUGCAUUGUGUAAUUGGACAUUCAUUAUCCAACCGCCUCUGUCCAGAUGUAUGUUUUGUAACGAAAACAUUUUUUGAAUGUGAAUAAUUACAGAACAGUUGUUUAUGGAA